AUGCCCAGUGAUCCUAAAUCUCAUCACUUUCCCCCCUGGCUCAAGAAGACGCGGCACCCUUCUGAGCUUUCUGUCAAUCGGUUGCAGGUCUCAACACCCCCUUCCUCCAACAACCAGAUCAUCGGGCCCACCACUGCAUAUGACAGAAGGAAUGACAAAGACCAGGGAAGCCCCGCAGGACUGCAUUCUGGCACCCUUACUGCUACAGCGCCUGCUCUUCUACUUCCUGGUGACUUACAGGAUGAUACCACAGAGCAACGGACAUUGUCAUAUCCAUACAAUCCUGACCUCCGCUCCGGGCUCCCGGAACUCCGAACUCCGACUUCCGGAGUCCUACUUCCCUUCCGUUGUAGGAGAAAUAACGGCCACACUAUGGAAACCCAUUAUGGAAAUAUGCCAGAUAAAUCACAAAACCUCAUACGACAAGUAGAUAUGAGAACAUAG